CGGCUUGAAGUGUCUUCUGCUUACCGAAACGGCUCGAUGUUUAUUUACUGUUUGAGAGGUCUUUUUCCAGUGGCCAUCUUGCUGUGAGCUCGAAAAUGAAGAGAAACCAGUUUGUGUCUUCUUCACGACGGGUGGCCCGCAGGCGCCACUUCAACGCGCCAUCGCACAUUCGCUGGAGGAUCAUGUCCGCGACUCUCUCAAAGGACCUCCGUCAGAAGUACAAUGUUCGCUCGAUGCCUAUCCGUAAGGAUGAUGAAGUUCAAAUAAUGCGUGGGCACCACAAGGGCCAACAAGUUGGUAAAGUGGUGCAGGUGUAUCGCAGACGAUAUUGUAUAUACAUCGAGCGUAUCCAGCGAGAAAAGGCCGACGGCAACUCCGUGUACGUGCCCAUCCACCCGUCAAAUGUCCAAAUUGUUAAACUAAAGCUUGAUAAGGACAGGAAGAGCCUACUUGAACGUAAGGCUAAGGGCCGCCUGGCUGCGUCGGACAAAGGCAAGCACUCCGAAGAAAGUGUCAAAAUGGACACCGCUUAAACGUUGGACGUCAAUAAAAACCAAGAGUUUAUUGUGACGUGAACGUCGGCAAA